ACGCUGGUGUGAAAACGGGAGAACAGAGGAGGAGGAGAGGAAAAACGAAAAGAAAAAAACUGUUCUCACACUUUCUUUAACCAGGGGAGGGUUAAAUAAAGAGUCUGUGUACGUUUUUGUGUCAGACACUCUCAAUUUGGGCACAGCACCUUGUUCCAAAGUUGGAUAUCACUAAAGGAGAGGCCACCUCAACUGAAACAGCCAUGAAUUCCUUGCAGGAUAACCAAUCAGAUCUGGAGGUGAUUAUGGACUUUCUAGAGGAGUACUACAGGCAGAAUCGGGACAACGGAUUGGGAAAUCUGGAUGAUGUCUACUGGACAACAAGUGUGUCCGUGGACGACCCAUCAUGUGAACAUCAGCACUUCACCUGUCACGAGACCCUCAACCCAAAGCCUGUCCUCCUACAACCAAUUCUGAAACAAGAGAGCGACGUGACACCGAGCCACAUCCCAGCCACCGUAUCUGGCCCCUGGGUGCUUAAUAGGAAGUGUGACCCUGACGAUGAGCUGGGCCACCACACCGCGAUAGGGCGGUCUGCUGCACACACCUCGCCUGGCACAGGCAGGAAAACCAGGCUGUUUCAUUUUUUGUUCGAGAUGUUGGAGGACCCCGCCAUGGCCCACUGUGUGUCCUGGGUGCCGGCGGCGGCCAACAGCACCGGCGUGUUCCGGUUCUCCUCUGGGAACAAGGACCAGGUGGCGGCGCUCUGGGGCCAGCGGAAGGGCAAUAAGAGGCCCAUGACGUAUCAGAAGAUGUCGCGAGCGCUGAGAAACUACGCGCGCUCCGGGGAGAUCUUCAAGGUGAAGAGGAAGCUCACCUACCAGUUCGGCCCGGACACCCUGCAGUCACUACAGCAGUGUCGCCAUGGCCGACAUUAGUACUCUUUUCCUGCCAACGACUUUUUUUACUCGUUCUUGUUUUUGUCCCCCCCCCUCUGUGAAACCUUACGUUCAAUGGUGUUCUUGUAUAUAUAUUUUUUUUUUUUCCUAUGAAGCCUUCUAGGUCUACUUUCCUUAUUCUAAACUUCUGUUUACACUGCGUUCCCACUACCAAGUUUAGAGUUGGCCUAGGCUUUUUUUUUUAUUAUUAGAAAAUGUAAUUAAAACGCACUUGAUGUCAGUCAGUGGCUGUCUAAUACUGUAGGCCUACUUAUAAUGUUUGUUGUUUGACGUGAUAGAAAAUAUAGUAGUAAA